CUUCACGCGUCAAAACCAGUGAGCCGGUCUCAGUGUUCAUAUUUUUAGUACCUUGAAAUUAUUAAUUUUUAUACACGUGAUUCUCACGACUCUCCAGAAAUUGAAAAAUGCCUUGCCCUGGUAUUAAACCUCUUACCGGAAAGUUAGGACUGAAACCCUUGACAUGUCAGAACAUUUUAUUCUACUACGCACCAAUUCAAGGGGUUGUAAGUUACACAUCUUUAUCCAUUAACGUCAUGAACCCAUCAUUAAUACUAAGGUUAUUUCCUCGUAGAGAUAUUACAAAUAUUUUGUUGGUUAACACCCUUGUUGGGUCUGGUUUAUAUUUGUAUAACAGACCACACCUCAGUGCAUUAGACAAGAAGGAGCGAAUUGUGUACAGUACCUUUGGAGCUGUGACUUUUUCCUUGGGUUCUGUGUUAAUUUGGGCUAUCCUCAGGAGUGUUGUGCCUGAGAAUGUACCACUGUGUACAAUUUGUGGAAUUGGAUCAGGUCUUGCAAUGAUUAAACUAGGGCGUGGAUAUGUGGAUCACGUAGAUAGUCUAGUUAAGAAGUAAAGCGAAACAUGUACCUUAAUACUUGAGCUUACCAUAUUAAUAAACUUGAAGUAGUUGGUA